UCCCCUCCCCCGAGCCCCGCCCGGCCCCGACCCCGGCGGGCCCUGAGUCAGGCCCCACCCAGCGCGCUACUAAAGGCGCCCGACAGGCCCUGGGUUUCGCCGGACUGCAGGCGAACCGAGACCCUGUUUUCAGGGCCGGGCUGCGCCCCUCCCUCCGUCCUUUCUAACGCUGGUCCGGCCGCAAGGGGCUGAGUCUGCAGCCCGCAGGGACAGUCGCGCUCCCCCGCCGCUCCCUGUCCCCGCCCCGCGCCCGGCCGGAGGAGCAGCGCCGCGAGCCCGGAGCCUGUAGUGGCCGGCCGAAGUCGUGGUGCGCGUCUCGGCCCCAAGCUCCUGGGUGCAGAUCCCCGGCUGGGGCGGCCGAAGCUCGGGCGUGGUUCUGCGUCGGCGGAGCGGCCCCGGCGGCCUGGGCCCCACCGGAGGAAGAAACCAGCGGAGCCGACGGUCGACGCGGAGCUUUGGAGGACGCCGCGCCCCAAGCCCGGCUGGGGAAACGGAGAGCUGUCAGGCGUCCCGCGCUCGCAGUGACCCGGGCCGGACCCAGCGCUUUAGAGCCCUUCCCGCACAUCAGGGGCGGUGCGGAUUGCGUCUUGCCACCGCACCAAGCCCCCUGUAGCUGAGGAGGACGCCGAGGCUGUGGUGGAGCGGGCAGGAGAGCGCCUUGCCCAAGGUUACCGCCGAGCGGGUGUUUCCUGGACCCCGGAGACACAGGCUCCGAGCCUGACACCCCUGAGAGAGGUGGGCUGGCACACCCAGACUCCGCAGGUACCCAGGCUCAGAUGCUACCCACCCAGCGAUGCACUGCCCCAGAAUAGCCCUGGGCCUGGGGUUCUGCCUGCUGGUGGGCAUAGCCCUCUGUUCUCUGUGGGUGUAUGUCGAGAACUGGCUGUCGGUCUCCUAUGUCCCUUAUUAUCUCCCCUGCCCAGAGAUCUUCAACAUGAAGCUGCAAUACAAGGGGGAAAAGCCAUUCCAGCCCGUGACACCGUCACAGUACCCUCAGCCCAAGCUACUGGAGCAAAAGCCCACAGAGCUCCUGACCCUCACACCCUGGUUGGCGCCCAUUGUCUCCGAGGGAACCUUCGACCCCGAGCUUCUGCAUCGUAUCUACCAGCCGCUGAACCUGACCGUCGGGGUCACGGUGUUUGCCGUGGGGAAGUACACCCAGUUCGUCCAGCACUUCCUGGAGUCAGCCGAGCAGUUCUUCAUGCAGGGGUUCCGGGUGCACUACUAUGUCUUCACUAACGACCCCACGGCCAUUCCUCGGGUCCGGCUGGGCUCCGGCCGCCUCGCCAGCAUCAUCCCCAUCCAGGGGCACUCCCGCUGGGAGGAAAUCUCCACACGCCGGAUGGAGACCAUCAGCCAGCAUAUUGCGGAGAGGGCGCACCGGGAGAUCGACUACCUCUUCUGCCUCGAUGUGGACAUGGUGUUCCGGAACCCGUGGGGCCCCGAGACCUUGGGGGACCUGGUAGCUGCCAUUCACCCCGGCUACUUCGCUGUCCCCCGCCAGCAGUUCCCCUACGAACGCCGGCCUCUUUCCACCGCCUUUGUGGCGGGUGGUGAGGGGGACUUCUAUUAUGGCAGGGCGGUCUUUGGGGGGCGGGUGGCCAGGGUGUACGACUUUACCAGGGGCUGCCACAUGGGCAUCCUGGCAGACAAGGCCAACGGCAUCAUGGCAGCCUGGCAGGAGGAGAGUCACCUGAACCGCCGCUUCAUCUCACAUAAGCCCUCCAAAGUGCUGUCCCCCGAGUACCUCUGGGAUGACAGGAAGCCCCAGCCCCCCAGCCUGAAGCUGAUCCGCUUUUCUACCCUGGACAAGGACACCGACUGGCUGAGAAGCUGACGGCUGAGCCGGGGCUGCCGUGGACAGGGGGGACCCCAGUGAGCGCCCAGCUCACCGGAGCCUCACUUCUCAAGCCUUAAGUGAGACCAGCCCUGUGCUGUCUACCUCUCAAUCUGCCGGCAGAAUCCAAUGGGAAAAUGGGCCUGUAAAGGCCUUUGUAAACUGUGAAGGGCGGUGUGCAUAUGAGGAGAACGCCAAGACCACACAGCCUGUGGCCCAAGAACGGCAGGACAGGAGGAGGGGAGACCAGAGGUGGAAGAAGACAGGGCCCGGCAGGCCUCACCCAGCACACGUGCCUUGCGGCGGGCUCUGGAGUCUCAGCCCCGCCCAGUACCUCAAAUUCCCCCUCUGUCCCCCUUCUGUUGCCUGUUGCCCUUAAAGUUGCACUUCUAACACUCGUGUGCAAGGCAUCCGGACCCCUUUCCUCUGGCUGCAGAGGUCCUGGGUGCUGUGAUGUCCCCCAGCCACACGGAGCCAAUUCCUCGCUCAGGACCCUGAGUGAGCCUUCGAAAUCGACCAGGUCUAGGCUCUCUCUGGUUUCAUGUCCCACCUCCCUUGAGGUGCACCACACUCCCUGGCACCAGCCGCCUCCUUUGUAAGAGGGUUUGGGCAGUUUUUAAUAAAGGUGGCAUAUGCUCGGCCCUAA